ACAACUCGACGGACUUUCAUACAUUUCGCCUCCAGAAAUUAUAGUAAAGCAGAGACAAUGAGAGGAACAUUGAUGUUGACUUGGAUUUUGAUCAUCUGCCUCUCCCAAGUAGCAGUGCAGAGCCAAUACUACUCGAAGACCCGACCAUAUCAUCCCAGGCCAGUUAAGGUCACCAAUCUUCACUUCUUUAUGCACGAAACUGCGGGCAUUACAGCAGUCCAGGUAGCCCAAGCUAACAUCACAAGCAACGAUAAUAAUUCAUCAGUGCCAUUUGCCUCCCUAGUUGCCUUUAAUGAUCCCCUCAGGACUGGUACUGAGCCUGACUCGAAGGUGAUUGGAAAUGUUCAGGGUAUUGCGCUCCUAUCCAGAAUGAAUGCGUCAAGCACACAAUACAUAGAUUUUGGAUUUAAUACCGGUAGGUUUAAUGGCAGCUCAAUAAGCGUAUUUUCAAGAGGAGAACCUGGGCUUGCGGUGGUCGGAGGAAGAGGAAAGUUCAUGAUGGCAACAGGGGUUGCUCUAUUUAACCCUAUCAUUAUAAAUGCCACCAAUGUCAUUAUGGAAUUUAACAUUACUGUAGUUCAUUACUAAGAUGUUAUUUACAGACUCCGUUCUUUUAGAUUGAGAAAAACUCGUAUGAUUCUACUCCUCUUCAUUAGAAUAAAAGUACGAGAAAUACAUAUGUUGAUCUUAUCAGAAUUUAAAUUUGUCAUACUUGAUUAUUGUACUUUAUCUUCAUAUUUGAAAUAAACAUUAUAUCUUUAGCUAGAAAAA